AAUCGAUAAGCAUUCCCUUCGUUCCUCUCCCGCGCCACCGCGCGCUCCGAUGCUCCUCUCGCUCUGCAGCGCUUCUCCUCCAUCAAUCCCCUCAAACUCUCGCCAUUGCCUCCAAUCCGUCAAAACCCUAGCGGAGUCCAUCUCCGGGAACCGCCCAGCAUCGCUCCUUGCCGCCCCGAUCGAGUCCCUCCGCCGCGGGGACUGGGUGAAGCUCAUAUGUGGCGCUAGCUUCGAGGAUAUGGCUGAUGUGAGGAAUUUAUCGCUUGUUUAUACUCUCGCUGGAGUGGAUUGCAUUGAUUGUGCGGCUGAUGCGUCUGUGGUAAAUGCGGUAAAUGAUGGGAUUGAUGCUGCUCUCGAGAUUGCUUCAGUGCGGAGGCCGUGGGUUAUGAUCAGUGUCAAUGAUGAUAGGAACGAUCUCCAUUUUCGUAAAGCUGAGUUUGAUCCUGAGGAUUGCCCACCAGAUUGUUCAAGACCAUGUGAAAUGGUCUGCCCUGCUAAUGCAAUAUUGUUGAAGAGGAUGUCAGAAGGAGAUGAAAUUCAAGACGGAUCCCAUGCGAGGGGUAAACUCCAGGGUGGGGUCAUAACAGAGCGUUGCUAUGGGUGUGGCCGUUGUUUACCUGUUUGUCCAUUUGACAGAAUAAGAGCUAUCACUUAUAUUAGGGAUCUUGCUACUACAUCUGCACUACUAAAAAGAAAUGAUGUGGAUGCUAUAGAGAUACAUACUCGUGGGAGGACUACUGAAUUGUUCAAAGAGCUAUGGACUGGCUUGUCUAGUUCAAUUGGCCAUCUGAAGCUAGUUGCAGUCAGUCUGCCAGAUAAUGGAGAAUCAACUGUAGCUACCAUGCAUAUGAUUUACUCAAUAAUGAAGACUGAUCUUGAAUGCUACAAUUUAUGGCAGUUGGAUGGCCGGCCUAUGAGCGGGGACAUUGGUCGAGGUGCAACAAAAGAAGCAGUCACCUUCGCUGCUCGUAUAUCAUCUAUGCAGGACCGGCCUCACGGGUUCUAUCAGUUGGCUGGUGGCACUAAUGCCCACACCAUAGAUUCCUUGAGGAAAGUAGGGCUUUUCAGAGCAAAGAAUGAUCCUGCUGAUUCUAAUGCUUUGAUCGGUGGAAUCGCUUACGGUGGUUAUGCUAGGAAGAUCAUAGGACGAGUUUUGCGUCGAAUACCAUCCAAACAUGGCCAUGCACACAUUGAAGACUAUCCUGAACUUAUGCUGGAUGCAAUCAAAGAAGCCUUUAAUUUGGUAGGACCUGUAAAGUGCUGAUAUUGUGAUUUGAUCACAUUAUUGAUACUUGAAAACUCCAAAUAACUAAAUCUAUGCUUGUAAAUAUCACCAUCAUUCACAUUAUUCGGUCACUUUAUAUGGUUUUAUUUAAAACUUAUAUUUUUACA